UUCAUUGGAUUAAUAAGAUUUUAAAUAGUUACUUAUCUGUGACUAUGUCUGAUUACGACCAUGCGCGCAUCAAAAAACUAGUUUUAAAGGGAGAGAAACACAAAAAAAGCAAAAAGCGGAAGAAGGAAAAGGAUGAGGCAGGAUCUUCCAAGAAGCCCAAGGUGGUGGUUGACGAGGAUGCGGUGGAGCACGGCGGCUGGUGGACAGCGAAGACAGCCGCCGAUAUAACAGGCACUGUGUCCAUCGAGUUUAACGACCGGUGCUACCUGAAAGCCAUGGAUAAUGGUCUUUUUACAUUGGGAGCACCACACAACGCUGGCGAUGGCCCAGAUCCGGAGGAAAUUUUCACCGCCUUUCCCAUUAACGACCGAAAGGUAGCCUUUAAAUCUGGUUAUGGAAAAUAUUUAAAAAUCGAAAAAGAUGGCAUGGUAACAGGGCGAUCUGAAGCUGUUGGCAGUAUGGAACAGUGGGAGCCCGUGUUUGAGGAAAAACGUAUGGCCCUGCUGUCCGAAACCGGGCACUUUAUGUCCAUCGAUCCAGAAGACGAUGCCUGUGUGGCAUUACGAAAGAAGGUCGGGCAAUAUGAAAUCUGUAAAGUGCGGAGUAAUGGAGCUAGGGAUGUCAUUGUCGACACGGAACCCAAGGAAGAAAAGGGGGACCUAGGGGAAGUCGAAAAGAAUUAUGUGAAAAAGUUCCAAAAGUUCCAAGACAAGAAGAUGCGAAUCAACCAAAACGAUGUAAAAGAACUCGAAGAUGCCAAGGCUCAGGGUUCCCUGCAUGAAACUCUUUUGGACAGACGCAGUAAAAUGAAGGCCGAUCGGUAUUGCAAGUAGCCCGACUUGAUUUAGUGACCAUUCAUUAAAGAUUUUACCUCAUGCAAUGUGCCGUUUUUCUUGUUUAAAUAUUGAAUGUUUUGAGUUAAAGCAAAUGUAAGACUUUCUUUGAUAAA